CUUCUGUGUGGGGCGUUCAGUUCGGCAGCGUCGCGCCUCUCUCUCGCCUGCAGCUCCGCGGAACGGACGGACUUCUCCGGCUUCACCGACACCGACAAACCCGCUCGGUUCCUCCACGACUCCUCUGUGCAAAGGGGACGAACGUCCAGAGUCUGGGAUACAUUUCGAGUUUUUUUUAGUUGUUGUUGUUGUUUGUCUGGUUCUCAUUCGACGCUGGUUAUUCGUCUGCGUUGGACGGAUUCAACUUACACGCACCCGCAGACAUUUUGUUAUUUCCGAGAAGUGCAGCGCGUCUUUUUCUCUCCCACUUCGACCGAAGAGCUCCGACGGGGCCGGCGCGACACGACGGGCGAGACCACGACCAGCGCCGCCGGACGCCGCGUGUCUCUCUCCCCCCCCCCCUGCGCGGUUAGCUCGCGUCGCUGCCGCCGCCGCUGCGUCGAGGGCGGAAGGCUCGCGGACGGCGAUGAAUCAUCUCGACGGACGGCGUCUGGGGAGUCGGCGCUAGAGGAGCCAGCGAGGAGCCGCGGGCGGUUGACUGCUCACGGCGACGAGCGGGGGGGUCGGGAGCGGGCAGCCCGCAGCCAGGCGACGCGCACACUCUCUCCGGCCCGCGUUAACAAAGUGCGCCACUCGCGUCCGGCUGAACGUCGCCGUCGUCUGCAUUAGUAGUUGUUGUUGUUCCGCUCGUCGGGCGGACGGGGGCUCGCUAGCUCGUCGGGCUAACGCCGGACAGCGCCUGUUCGAGGCUACCCGUGGACAAAGGAGCGACGCGGGGACACACGGCGGGUCGUGUUCGGGAAGGAGAGCAACACACACGGAACUGACAUGAUGUUUCCACAAUCAAGACACUCAGCUUCCUCGCAGCAGCUGAAAUUCACAACCUCUGACUCCUGUGACAGGAUCAAGGAUGAGUUCCAGUUCCUCCAAGCACAAUACCACAGUUUGAAGCUCGAGUGUGACAAGUUGGCCAGUGAGAAGUCAGAGAUGCAGCGCCAUUAUAUCAUGUACUAUGAGAUGUCCUACGGGCUCAACAUUGAGAUGCACAAACAGGCUGAGAUAGUGAAGAGAUUGAAUGGGAUCUGCGCACAAGUCCUGCCCUACCUGUCUCAGGAGCACCAGCAGCAGGUUCUGGCAGCCAUAGAGAGGGCCAAGCAGGUCACCCCUCCAGAGAUGAACUCCAUCAUAAGGCAGCAGCUCCAGGCUCACCAGCUGUCUCAGCUCCAGGGUCUGGCCCUGCCCAUGACCCCCCUGCCUCUGGGCCUGAGCCAGCCGACCCUCCCCGCUGUCACCACCUCCUCCGGUCUCUUCUCCCUCUCCUCCCUGCUGGCCUCCCAAGCCCAGUUGGCCAAGGAGGAGAAGGCGUCACGCGAAGGAGUCGACAGCCACCGCGAGGAGGACGGAGACAAGUCUGAUUAGAUGGUUUCCCCAUUCAGCUCUGUUUUUAUCCAGAGACCUGAAUCCUGAGAUCCAAGCCCCCUUGGGCUACAGUCGCUCUCCUGGUCUCCCUCUAUCUGACAUUAGCUAACGUUGGCUUUAAUCCUAUCACCAUUUACCAUACCUGCUUCAGUGUCUCUCCCUCUCGCUUUUCUUCAAAAACUCGCUUUUUAUAUAUAUAUAUAUAUAUAUAUAUAUAUAUAUAUAUACACACAUAUAUGAUUAAACUUAGUUUCUGUGUACAAUUCUCUUAAAUCAGGACUGCUUUCUAUUUCUGUUGCUUCCUGCCGUCCUGUUGCUCUGUCAUGUUUAGUUUCAGGUUUGUUUUCCUCCAUGCCUCUCUUCCUGUCUCUCUCCCCCAUCUCUUGCCUCUGUUCUAAGGGGGGCUUCGACAGGACUGUUAGACAGGACUGAUCUGUGAGACUGAACACACAGUCUUGCACUUGUCAAAACAGGCUAAAUGUUAAACAAAGGGGUUCUUUGGCAAGCUGUAAAAGUUGUCGCGCACAUCACAGGAUUCCCCUACAAACUCACUCUCCUGAGAUAAGGUCUCUCAGAGUUCAGAAGUGUUGAUUUCCUUCUCUCUUUUUUUGGUAGUUCAGAUUGCAUGCAUUCAUUCAAAGCUAAAAUUGGCGGUGAGUUUAAAUGGUGGAUUGUUUGAAUAUCACCCUAAUGCCGGAGUUAAGAGAGAAAAAUACCCCUGCUGUUUUGUUUUCUAUAGCUACACUCACAUUAUAACCAAAAACUGCUGCCUUUGGAGCACAAUUGUUAUAAUAAGAGACCUCCAGACCCACUACAGAAUUUGUGUAUAAUCCUAAAUUUAUAAGGAGAAAGGAAAAGCACCUCGCCUGACCCUGCGAGCUACGUCAGAUAAAUCCACCCAGCACCGUAAAAGGCCACUUUUUUUUUCUUUUUUAAAACCAGACUUUAAACAGAGCUGAGGUACCAACAACAACAAAACAGAAAACAGAGAAGCCAUCUGACUCGUGCACCCUCCCUCCACCUUUUUCAUCUUUAAUGUGCACUAAUAUUAGAGCAGAGGCUGCGGAGAGGGAGAACGUGCAUGUUGUGUGUUUGACAGCAGAGGGCAGCGUGUGUCUUUGAAGAACCGCCCUCGACGGGUUCAGGCUUGAGCAAAACAAACCGAGGACAGGACGGGGUAGAAGCCGUGUCACUGGGAAAUGGUUUAUUUAUCCACAGUGAGUGUACAAACUUAAUAUACAGAGACUAGACUCUGCAUGCUGUCGGUCCCGGUCUCUAUCAUGAUCCAGUUCUUGAGGAGAAGUCUUUGGUCUUUUUAUUUCUCUGUCCCCACACUCAGAUGGAGAGUGUUUCCCUCUGUAAAUUCAAAUUCGUACGUUUUGAUUCACUGCGAACACACAGGUCUGCCACGUGUUUGACUCGCACGUCAUUAUACAGGUGAUUUAACAUCUUAAUAUGACAACACUGAGUGGGGAAUCUGCAGGAUCCAACUUAUUUACGUCAAUAUGGAUCAGACAGAAGAAGCAGUGAAAUCUCCUGCUUCUCUGAUUAGUCAAACCUCCCCCCGGCCCUACAAGCCUUGCUCACCUGCCUCCAUGUUUUCCGUGACUCACUUACUCCGUCUGAUUAGACCUGUCGUCGGCGGGGAGUUGGUUGAAGUCUCUGCACGUAACCGCUGCCAUUUUAUUUCAGUAUCAUGACUCUGUAAACUUAACGGUUCCCUCGGUGGCUAAAACACAGACCAGACAGUAGGUUUAGUGUUCGUCACAGAGACGCUGCCGGUCCACAAAGAUGAUCCGAGUCCCUGCGAGUCGAGUGGAGACCUGAUUGUGUGAUUGUUGAUUUCAAGACAGCCUGUGCAUGAAGUUAUGUUUUAUACAAACACAGACACACACUUUGUUAGCCUCCCCUUUCUGUUUUAAUGGCUUCUCAGUGUGACUGAAUAUGAGUGAGUUUGAUUGUGAAAUAAAAAAAAUGAUUUCUGGAUUAAAGAAGAAGCACAUUUUAUUGUUGUAGUCGAGACAUUUGCUCACAAAUUGUCGAGUUUGAUAAUUUGGCGGUGGAAAUUCAGGAAUUAAAAAAAGUACAGUUUCAUAAAAAAGGGGGGGAAUUCAGAAUGAAACCUUUUGUCUGAAAGUUUUGACGGUCGGGGAUAUUUUGCGACGCCCACGUCGUACUUAUGUGAACACGGUGUGUGUAUCAACAGUUGUGCGGGUUUCGUCGUCUGUGAUGAAAACUGCAGAGAUGAAAUGCAUCGCUGUUCUUACUACAAACGUCAACAUGCUACUCUGCUUGUGAAUUAAGCUUGCGGCGCAUCAUCCUCCCAUCUAGCCACAUACUGUAUGUAUCCAGCUACAUACUGUACUUGUAGUGAUAUGCAGAGCAUGUAGAUGAAGUGACAAACACAAGUGCAUGUCUGCAGGGGAACUGAAAUUGAUUCCUUUCUAGUGGAGACAUUAUUUUUUUUUUUGAAAGAAUGUUGUUCCAGAUUUUCUGCGAUCAAUGCACUUGUUUCAUUUGUUCUUUCUUUUUUUAUCUUUGUUUUUAAAUAUUAAUCGAUAUGAACUAGAAACCAGAAUUACAAAGCUGACGCUAUAAACAUACAAAUGAAAAAUCUAUGUAUUUGUUAAAGUAGUUGGGGGUGUUGGCCUCUGUAUACAGUUAUACAUAGAAAGCUUUAUGUGUAUAUGGCUGCAUCUUCUCUUGUCUGUCCUGGAUGAUUCUUGUGCUAUUGUGUUACAAAACUGACGUGACACCAGGGGGAAACUGCAGUACGUUGACCUUUCGCCCUUUGACUCCUCUCCUCCUCUCUGACCCUGCCCCCCCUCCUAAUCCACCGCCCCACCUCAUCCCUUUUACUCCCGCGCCACAUCCCACCCUCCCAACUUUUUGCCCCCAUAGCGUGAAGCAUUGUAAGCGUUUUGAGCUUUGUAAAGGUCUUUUUUAAAUACUUAUUUUGUGUAUAAUGUAAAACCUGAAAGUGUGUACUUUGGCAAAAAAAAAAAAAAAUGUUUUGUGUCUGAAACCAUAGCUUCAUUUAAACAAAUAAACAACAAACUACAAAAAAAGAAACUGUAAAAAAAAUUACAACAAACAUUUACUAUAAAUAAUAUGAAAUGUUCUGCAGUAAAGAAGGACUUCUUGUGCCUUACAAAUAAAGUCAAUCAAAUCAGAA